CGCGUUGGCAACUAUACCCAAAACGUAUAACUAAAAGUUUAUAAAUUACACGGUCAUGCCUUUUGAUUAGUGUUUGUAAUUAUUUCUUCGAAUGAUUGUGAUUUUGUUUGCCAUAUAGGUACAAAAUAUAUUUAUGGCAUGUUCAAAAGAGAAUGGCGACACGAAUCAGCGGUCUAUUCUUACUAAUAAUACUAUUUAAUAAUGCUCAAACAGAACCCCGCCUUGAAUCGAUGACUAAAACAGUUUCUUCUAAAGAUUCGAAACAUGAAGAAACACCAUCUCAAAGAGGGCUCAUAGCUGGUGACAUCUUCACUCCCUAUGAAAUGCUACCAAUUACAGAGAAGCUAAUCAACAAAGUUGAGAAACCAGGACAAGGAAAAGGUAUAGUUAGUUCCGCAACUAGUCCUGAAGAGCUCGCUGAUAAAUUAUUUGAAGCUUUCUUUUUUACUGAUGUCCGUAUAGUAAAGUUACAAGAUUUUGAUAUUACCGGUCUGGACGCUCUUCAGGCAUUAGCGCUCAGCGGAGAAGUGGCGAAUAUUAGAAAUGCUAACAGGGUAACAAAUGAAAUGCUACAAACAACUUUAAGUUACAGAGGACAAAACAUCAUUUUGGAUCAGAAACCUAAAACGUCACAUUAUAAAUUGGUAACAAAAACUAUUGAAAAUUACAAGGAAAUUAAACGACGAGGCAUUAAACUAGCGACAAAACUAGCAAAGAAGAAACAUUUGAUAAUAAAUAAGAACCGUAGACAUUUUAAUGAGAACGUCAAAAAUAACGAGCAAAUAGCAAAUACAAUGAAAGUUGCAACUACUAGAAAAACAACACUUAAAAAAACUAAUAACAACUCUAUGAAAAAAAUAAAUAUUAAAGAUGGCGCAAAUAAGAUUAAGAAGCACGCUGUUAGGAUAAAUAAAGCUGUCAAAUUAAAAAAGAAAAAAGCAGAUGCGACAUGUCGUUGGCAAUACGAAUGCUCUAAUCCAGCUGAUUUGGAUACCUGUCGGCUACAUACUAAAUGUAUGAAAAAAGAAACUAUAAAAACAACACCAGAAUUUAUAUCUACAAAGCAAAAACCGGAUAAACAAUCUCUUGCGAUAAAUCAAUUUCGGAAAAUGUUCGGAAUAAGUAUGGUGGAUGAGGAAGUGGAAAAAAUAUUGGAAAGCAGAAUAUUACGUUUAAAACCUCAAAACAUGGAUAACAAGUCUGAGAGACUAGAAAGCCUAACAGAAUAUUUUGAAAAAAUUAUUAUGGCAAAAUUUCUACGUGGGUCUACUACUCCGAUGAGCAUCCAGGAAACAAAUGGAAAAAAUCCUCGAGAUAAAGCUCAUGCUUGGCCAGAUAAUAAGAACGAAGAAUAUCCAAGAAGAAUCUUAGGAAUCCCUACAAAAAUAACGUAUAAAACAAAAAGCAAUAAAUAAACACGAAAAAAUUACAUUGCCUACAGCUCUA